AAGUGAGCAACAGCAUCAUAUAUUGGUUCAGGGUUCUUGAUUCACACUAGAGAGGGAGAGAGUGGCGAACUGGGUCAUCUAGUGACUUUACAAACCGGAAAACAAUAAUACCCUCUACUGAGAUUUUCAGAAAUUAAAUUUACUUUUCACCUAACCUUUUAACAACAUUUUACGCGAUGCAACACAAUGCAACUGAGCGUAUCGUAAUCGGAAAAAAGACACAUUUUAUAGAUACUUGCGUAAAUUUAUAUAAAGAAAACGUUAUAUAGAAAUAUCACAUAAGGAAGAAGUAACCUUCAAAACAUUUUGGAGUUAAAGAAAUAUAUAUUUUAUUGAAAAAAUGAAACAACUGUCGGAAGAGAGAACAAAGCUGGUACUUGAAAAAUUAACGAAAUACAUUGGCACCAAUGUAAAAAACUUAAUAGAUCGAUCGGAUGGGAUGUAUUGUUUCCGAGAAAAGAGUGAUAGAGUGUAUUAUGUAUCAGAGAAAGUUUUAUCAUUAGCAAAUAAUGUGGGACCCGAUCAAUUGCUGAGUUUCGGCACCUGCUUUGGUAAAUUUACAAAAUCUGGAAAAUUCAAGCUACACAUCACCGCAUUACACUAUCUAGCACCUUACGCACAACAUAAAAUUUGGUUGAAAUCUUCGGCGGAGCAACAAUUCUUAUAUGGACAUCAUGUUCAAAAAUCAGGACUUGCUCGUGUAACGGAAGGCACUUCGCAAUAUCAAGGCGUCGUUAUAUUCUCCAUGAAUGAUUUGCCACUGGGAUUUGGUGUUGCUGCGAAAAGUACGGCAGAUUGCAAGGAUGCAGAUCCUAUGGCGACGAUCUGUUUUCAUCAAGCAGACAUCGGAGAAUACAUUCGUUCGGAAGACACGUUAUUGUAACGUUAAAGAAUGUAUCUCCGUUUUCGAAAGUUUGCGCGUAAUUUAUCUACUUUGGUUCACGAACUACUUUGUAAAGUAUCUUGUAAUAUAGAUUUAUGUACGAGUCGCAAUACUUUUUGUAAUUAAAAAGAGACGUUGAAAACUUA